CGGAGGGUCCGGCAGGGCCAGGCGCGCCGCCGCCGCCGAGAGCACGUUUCGCGGCCCGGGGCUGCCUCUCCCGCGCCUGGGCUCGUCGCGCCAUGGGAGCCGCCCGCCCGCGGGGGCCCGGGCCGUGAACCGCGCCUCGCCCGGCUCCGAGCGCGGAGCGCCAAGCCAUGCCAGCGUCGCCUCUUUCUGUGAGCUGCGGGCUGGCCGCGCCGCAGCCCUGAGCUAAUGGUAUAUCACCACAGAGGGCAGCAAUGGGAGUGUGCAGUUUUCUGUUGAAAAGUUUUCUCAAGAGCUCAUGAUUUUUUUCCAUCUCUCCUCUUAACAUUUCUACUACUCCACAGACAUGGCUCACCACGCGAGGCCUUCCAGAUCAGUCAAAAAGGAAGAGUUAGGCAAAAGGAAAACUAACCAGGGCAAAAAGAAAACUAGCCAAGUGAGAAAGAAAGCCACAAAGACUUCCACAAAAGCUGUUAGUUCUGGAAAAGGCAAAAAGCCGGUGCAAGAAAAAGAUGUUAAGAAAAAGCAGCAAGAAAAGAAACCAAUCAUGAGCUCUUCAGGGAGACUUCUCAGGAGCAGUGUCACCAGAACCUUGUCUGGAGCAUCGUGGGUGACUUUGGAGAAAGCUGACAGUAUCCUCUUUCAUAGCCAGGAUUGUUUCAACAUCAAUGGCUUCACAAUGUCUCUCCGUAACAGAUCGUUCUCCCGUAGAUUGUCCCAAACUCCAACAAUUGCAAAGCCCAGGAAAGCUGCAGCACAAAAAAAGCUAGAAACGAAGGAAAAACAUGAACAAGAAGCCCUGGCAGUAGUAGAAGAAAAAAAUGUUGAAGCGGGAGAAAGAGGUUUGAAACAAGAUUCAGCACAAAGUGAGGUGGCUCCUCUGCCUGUAGGAGGUGGUCCAUGUAGUGUAGGAGAAGAGUCUGCUGCCACAUGUGCCAGUCAAGACAAAGAGGUAGAAAUACCCGAAACAAAUUACUCCAUUCCAAGCAGUCAGGUAACUGAUGACGAUACGGAAGUGUCGGAGGUGAAAUGUGAGCACGAAGACCUGCCCUGCGAGCAGACACCCAGUGAACUCGAUAUGGGUAGUUCGGCUAAAACAUUUGUUGAGGAUGCUGUCCUCGUGCUUCCAUCUUCUGGUGCUGUAAUCACCUCUGAAUCGAACUCUAAGGUGUGUGCAGAGACCCCCUUUGAUCUGGUGCCUAACAAUAAAGAAACCGACUCCAUUUCUGUUGAUACCUCAGACCUCAGCUCAGCAGUACUGUCAGAAGAGUCGGUCCCCCUUGCCAAAUCCCACAUCGAAGGAGAGUCGGACCUGGUGCUACCUAGUGAAGAACAAGACUCGAAUUCUGCACCCAUAGUUACCUCUGAGUUUAACUCACAAGAACAUUCAUUAGAAGAUGCAAGCUUAUUUGCAGAGUCCUGCUUGAAGGCAGGCUGGGAUUCAGAGUCUGAGAAUAAAGACAUUGCUUCAAAUUCCAGCUCUGUAGCUGUCACUGAAUCAAAUUCACUUUUGCAUUCUGAAGGUGCAAGCUCACUUGCAGAAUCCCACAUGAAACUGGUUGUGGAUUUUGUACCCAUUUGCAAAGAACUUGACUCAAGUUUGGAUUUGAGUUGUACAAGAGAGAAUUCAGAAUCUGACUCUAAAACCAUAUUUACAGUAUGUGAACCAGCUUCCAAUACCUCUUUAAACAAUAUUGAAGUGGAGGACAUUGAACAGCUUGUUAGAUGUAUCAAUGCAGAGACGUUAAUUUUGAGUUCAGGUUAUGUCCCCACUUUAUCUCCAGAUUUGGAAAAAAACACAGUUGAUAAAGUCUCUGGUGAAAGCUCUGGACAGUUUUCUGAAGCUUUUGUUUCGGAGUUGCCUUUGAGCACGGAAAUCUCUGCUUUUGCCUCAGAAAAAGCCAUAGAUGCAGAUUUGCCAGCUGACUCAAGACUGCAGCACAAUGAUUAUUCAUCACAGCUGGGAAGUGUUGGAGUGAGCUUGAAUUUGGUUCAGGACAACGUGAGCGGCAGCACUGAAACAGUUGAGGCCUCAGGGCCAUCCUCUCUUAAAACCCCAGCUGGUGAUUACCCUGUUCCAUAUUCAUCUUUGCUCCCGAUGCUAGAGAAAAAGAAGCGAAGGCGCUGUGGAGUCUGUGAGCCCUGUCUGCGGAAAACAAAUUGUGAAGAAUGCAGCUGUUGCAGGAAACGCAAAACGAGUCACCGGAUAUGUAAGAAGAGAAAAUGUGAAGAACUGAAAAAGCCACCACCGCCAAUCAUGCUGCCUUUUGAGGUUCUAACUGAAAACAAAAGGCCUCAGAGGAGGAAGCAAAGAGUUUUGAAGGCAAAUUUAGAAAACAAACCAGUAAAUGGCCGCAGACCAGAACUCAUGGAAUGCAGUAUAUGUGGUCAUGGUGAAAAAUACAGGGUGAAAACAAACCAAACAAUACCCGUUGAAAAUGUGCAGUCUAAGGAGAAAGAAAGAAUGACAGGCUUAGAAGCUGAGAAGUGGACACAUAACGAGAAGCCAUAUUUUGGUGUCCAUGUCAAUGGAGAUAUCCAUGGAACUGUGACAGGCAACGAACACUUGAAAAACACAGAAGACAGUGAAAGAGCAGUCUCUCCCAGUCAGUUAGCUGAGCCAAAAAAAGCAUUUGCACAGACCAUCAAAAAUGGCAUAAAAACCCUACAUUAUUCACCACCGGAAGCAGUUGCUUCACUGAAAAAAAUAUCUGUAGAGGAAAGGACGGAUUUGACAAGCAACUCCCAUAUGCAAUGGACGAAGGGUCCCAAUCUGAAUAAUAUAGUAAACACUCUGACGACUGUUGGUUGUGUUCACCCGGAAAAACAAGGAAAUGUGUUAAUGAAAGAGGAAAACUGCACUUGCAGCAUCUUUGAGGACUCUAAGUCAGUUUUGCAGACGGGUUCCAUGUUGGAUCUGCAGGAAAGCUUGUGUUGUCCUCCAGUGCCUGAAGAGGAAGCACAUGGGGGGAAGGACAGCUUUGAAGUACCUGAUGCAGAGACACAGCAUGAGGACUCUUCCCUCCAGCAGACUUUCUUGUCCCUGAUUAAAAACAGAAAUUUAACUGUAGAGCAGGUUGUAGCUAUCGAAGCUUUAACACAGUUGUCCGAAGCCCCGCUAGAAACAACUUCACCAACUAAAACAGAAAGUACUGAUUGUACACAAGAAACAACUUCCAACUUGCUCCAUAGUUCUAAAAGGGAGAUCUCAUCCUCCUUCACAUCUGCGUUAAAAGAAAUCAAAGACACUUACUUACAGAAUGAGCAACAGCUCUUGGCUCACUGCACUCACUCGCAGAAGCCGCUCCCUAAUAAGGCAGUGUUGUACAAUGGCCAAAGUUCAGUUUCUGAAUCGCGUGAUAAACCUGUCAGUCUGGCUGGUGAGAUGUAUACAUUACAGCUGUCUUCGAGAGAUACCAAAACUUUAUCUGGCUUAACAUCUAAUGCAAAGUCAUUUUCAGGAUAUACUGCCAAGAAAAAUUAUACUCAUGAUCCAGUUGCCCUUGCACGGUAUUGCAAUGCUUCAUGUACUGCCCAGCAAACGAGUAACAAAUUUGAGAGUCUUGGCCAGUUAGAGCAAAAGCCAGCCUGUAAUGAUUUGAACUUGGAAGGUAGUUCUUUGAUUAAGGAAGGAGGAAUUCACAGCCAGGAUGAAGAGGAUGUAGCUACACAACUAACUCAGCUUGCGGCACUGAUUGAAUCAAACCAGACAAAUCCAGAGCAGAAGAAUGACAUAAAGGCAUCGCUGCUUAAUCUAAUAUCGCAAGAGAGGCAGCCAAAAUAUAACCAAGAUGUGUUGCAGAAAAAAGAAUCUGUGUUUUUUAGGCAUAAUUAUAGUUCCUUACUGUUAAAGCAAAAACAGCCAACAAAUAAAAAAGGAAAUGCUGUACCAUGGAAACCAAGACACAAAAAGAAGCCUCAAGAAGCACGCUAUCAACAGAAUAAUCAAAACCAGCUAGAGCUGUUGUCAUGCCAGCAUAAUGAGUUACAGGACAUUUGGAUAUCAUCGAAACUGCACAGCCUCGGUCAAACCGUGCCACAGGACUCCAGAAUAGCUCCAUCUGAAAAAAAAUCUCCGAGAACCAAAGUACAGAGAGCACUGAAUCAAAGUACUUUAGCAUCACAAGAAAAAACUAGACUAUUUCUCCCGCAAACACAGAUAAAAUUUCAUAGAUGUUUACCUGAGGUACCACAAGAGAAAAAAAGAGAGAAGUUUUUUGGCUGUGAAGUAGUGAAUGAGCAAAUCAAAGCUGCAGGCUCCGGUGACCCGCUAGGCAUUGAUCCACUGAAAAAUGAAGCUGUUGCACGUAACCAGUACAGCGACCUGCCCUCCUGUAAUCCUCUGGCUGUUUCGCAGUUGAAAACAGCAUCCUUUUUGAACAGACCAAGUGAAAACCUACAGGUGUUUACAGAAAAAUGCAAUUCUCAGGUACAGCAAACAGCGAAUGUCAGUCAGAUGCAUCCUUUGCCUCAAACUUUUAACCAGCUGAACCCGAGAGCUAACGAAGUGCGUAGUGAAGACAAAGCCUGCAUUCAGCUGGGUGCUGUCAAACAACAAGCAGAUCCCAAGUCACAGGUGCUGCCUGUUCCCCGCAGUGGGGCCCAGGUACCAGGUGCUGUUGAAGCUCUCAGGAACACGGAGUGUGCGGGCGAAGUGACAGUCCUGACGUCAACCAGUUUGGGUACUGACCACCCACAGAGCACAGGUGACUCAGGGUGUUCUCCAGCAAAAAACACACUCAGCAGUUUUCUUGAAUCGCCUAUGAAGUUCCUUGAUACCCCUACAAAAAAUUUAAUAGAUACACCUACAAAAAAAGGACAAUCUGAAUUGCCAACUUGUGACUGUGUUGAGCAAAUUAUAGAGAAAGAUGAAGGCCCGUAUUACACACACCUUGGGACAGGACCAAGUGUUGCUGCUGUGAGAGAAAUAAUGGAGAACAGGUAUGGAGCAAAAGGAAGCGCUGUAAGAAUAGAGGUAGUGGUUUAUACAGGAAAGGAAGGAAAAAGCUCUCAGGGGUGUCCGAUUGCCAAGUGGGUGAUACGAAGAAGUAGUGAUGAGGAGAAGUUGCUGUGCUUGGUACGUCAGCGUGCAGGACACCACUGUCAAACUGCUGUCAUUGUGAUUCUCAUCCUGGCCUGGGAAGGGAUCCCUCAUCUUCUGGCUGACACGCUGUACAAAGAACUGACGCAGAGUCUCCGAAAAUACGGCUGUCCCACCAGCCGUAGGUGUGCAUUAAAUGAAGAUCGUACUUGUGCAUGUCAAGGACUCGAUCCAGAAACUUGCGGAGCAUCAUUCUCAUUUGGCUGUUCGUGGAGUAUGUAUUUCAAUGGCUGUAAAUUUGCCAGAAGCAAAAACCCCAGGAAAUUUAGGCUUCUCACGGAUGACCCUAAGCAAGAGGAACUUCUUGAAAACAAUUUGCAAACUUUAGCUACUGAUGUGGCUCCAGUUUAUAAGAAGCUUGCUCCUGAAGCCUUCCAGAACCAGGUGGAGAACGAGCACAUGGGCCCAGACUGCCGGCUGGGCUGCAAGGACGGACGGCCCUUCUCCGGGGUGACCGCUUGCAUCGACUUCUGUGCCCACGCCCAUAAGGACACACACAACAUGCACAAUGGCAGCACGGUGAAAAGUCGUAUGUUACGGCUGGAGAGACAACUAGACCUCUUGUUGAGGAACAGUUCUACGAAUGUAUUUAUCUGUAAUCUGAAGCUGCAGUUACAUCAGGUCUGUACAUUAACGAAGGAAGACAACCGGAGAGUGGGCGUGAUCCCAAGUGACGAACAGCUCCAUGUGUUACCUCUGUACAAAAUUUCACAAACAGAUGAAUUUGGCACAGAAGAGGGACUGGAAGCCAAGAUAAAAGCCGGAGCCAUACAGGUGCUCACAGCUUUUCCCAGAGAAGUGCGAAUGUUAGCGGAGCCUCUCCGAGCUACAAAGAAAAAGAAACCAGACACGAGGAGGACCCCAACUGAAAAGCAGCCAUUGAUAGAUAAAAAAUACCCAACGCCAGUAAAGCUGAAAACUGAAGCCCCAGAAAAUCUCGGCAACACUUUGCAUUGUUUAGGGAACAAAACAGAUGCUUUAAAACCCGGAAUAAAAACGGAGACUUCUGAUCACCUCUAUGCCAUGAAACAUACUUCAAACACUACUAAAAAUUGCUCCUUGUUAAAACAGUACACGGCUUCCUCCCCUUUUAAGGUGGAUAGUUUACAUCAUUAUUCAUCUUUAGCACAUAAGCCUGGGAUAACAGCAGUGACUAAUAUUCAACAAGAUUUUUCAGUUCCCUACGGGUAUUUUGAAUGCAGUAGUAAGCAACCUCAUGUGACACCUUAUGUUAAUUGUAAGAACUUUGAUGUGUCGGUCAAAGAUUAUACUGGAAUUUUGCUGAAUGAGAAGAUGAAUGGUGCGCCCCACCUUCUUCCCGAGGUCACUGCUCCAGGCCCCCCAGCCCACGAGGACCCCCUGGCCACGAUACUUGAACAUCAGCCAGACAAACAGAACUGUCAGCUGCAGUUGGACAACUCUCCUUCUUCACAGAUGAUCAACUCUGGUGAUCUGUUGGGACCGCUGAGCUCUCCAGCCAAGGAUGCGGUCGGAAGCAAGGCCGACUGUUCCCAAGGGUGCCCGAUGGAAAAGGGCAGCGGCUCCCAUCGAGAACAGGUAUGCGAUUUCGACUGUGGCGACGAAAAGCAAAACAGCGCACUGGGACAACCGACAGACGCCGAAGAAAAGGCUGAGGAACUGUGGUCAGACAGCGAGCACAAUUUUUUGGAUGAUGACAUUGGCGGGGUUGCUGUGGCACCUUCUCAUGGUUCUAUCUUAAUUGAAUGUGCAAGACGUGAACUCCACGCUACCACACCGAUUAAAAAACCCAACCGCAAUCAUCCCACAAGAAUUUCUUUAGUUUUCUACCAACACAAAAAUUUAAAUGAGCCAAAACAUGGUUUAGCCAUGUGGGAAGCGAAGAUGGCGGAGAGGGCAAAAGAAAAGGAAAAAGAAGCAGAAAGAUUAGGAACGGAGAAUACUGAACUAAACUCCAGCAGCAGGAAAACAAAGCAAACAAGUGACAACAGAGAUAUUUUUUAUGAAGACAAUGAGUUCAACCAAAUUCCAUCACGCAGAGCAUUAACAGUAACGAAGGAUAACGUAAUAACGGUGUCUUCGUAUGCCCUUACGCGCGUCGCGGGGCCGUACAACCACUGGGCAUAGGCUGGAGUACCAACCGCCUCCUCUUGGUGCAGUGUUACACAGUGUUUCUUUAAGGUGCUGUUAAAGAACAAGUCUCGUGUCGUUUACUAUUUGCUCAUCUCAACCAUUUUGAGGCUGAGGUAAAAAAAAGGGGGGGGAUUUCUUCUUAAACUGUGACUUUUAACAUUUGGUGGUGCUCAAGCACAUUUUAAGCAAAAAAAAAAAACAAAAACAAAAAAAAAGCUGUAUAGUUUUAAUACAUUCUAAAAAAAGAUUUCGUUUAGGUUAUUAACCUUGAUUGAAUCAUUCAGUUUAUUACCUUUAGGAAUUUAUAUUUUGGUGCUUUAAAUCAAGUCUGUUUACUACAAAAAUCAUUUAUAGGAAUUUUAACAGGUUCACAUUUUAUGGUGUUAAAUCAAGUUACACAAUAAUAGCUCUACACAGCUCUUGGUGCUUAACCACAUCCAACAGUGAAAAAUAAAUAAGCUGAAUUAUUACUUCAUGGUGCCAUUGCUUUAACAACUUCCAACCAUUGCUAUGAAGCCCAAAUUGCAGAUAAAUCUUUUAGAAAACCCAUUAAUUUUUUUCUCUAGAUUUGUCAUUAUGUAUGAAAUGAAGUUAUUGGUAAUGAUGGCUGGAAGUUGUUUUUAAGCUGUAAAUAUAUAUUUUAAAAGCACUUUCUAUUUUUAAAAUUAACUUGAAAUAGUAUAGUAUAAGGAUCAUAUUGCCUAAGGUUUGUGCAUACUCUACAGGAGAAAUCAUUUUAUUCUUGCUGUGUAGAGUUCCAUAUUGUUACAGCUGCAGUACGUAGGCUAAUAGCAUAUGUGAUUGUUUUUAGACUUGCCCUUUUCCAUCCAAGAUUUUAUGUCGCAUAUAAAUGACAGUUAUGAAAUACAGAAACAUUUUUUUAUUUUCAAGAGAGUGUACAAACAUGAAAUUAGGAGGUGUCUUGUCAAUAAGUGUGUUGCUAUUGGGACUUAUGAAUAUUAUUUGGUUUUUUAAAGGCAGCAUUUGUUAUGAUUUCUUUGAGCAAUAAGUGCAUAAGUCUCAUUUGUUUCAAGCAUUAUAAGUUAACACAACAACCAAAUGUUCCUAAUGCCUCAGGGGUAGGAUUGUUUUGGGAUAAAAAAAUACCCCCUAGAGUUGCCUUAUUCUAUUCUGGAAAAAAAAAAAUAAAUUGGGAAAAUACAAAGGAAGUGUUAAAAAA